AUGGACGUUCAUCUUCUCGUCUACGAUUUAUCAGGAGGGCUUGCAAAACAACUAUCUAUGAAUCUGCUCGGAUUCCAGCUUGAUGCCAUCUAUCACACGUCAAUCGAACUAGACAACGUCGAGUAUGUCUACGAUGGCGGCAUCAACACGAUUCAUCCCGGAAGCUCGCAUCUUGGCCAACCCCUUGAAAGACUGCACCUAGGGAAAACCCAACUCCCGUUAGAAAUCAUCGUGGAAUAUGUUGACUCGCUCAGGGACAUAUUCACGGCAGAGGCCUACGAUCUGUUUCGACACAAUUGUAACAACUUCUCCAAUGAUCUUGCCACAUUUCUGCUAGGCCAUGGCAUUCCGGAACACAUCAGAAGUAUGCCACAAGCAGUACUCGAUUCUCCAUUCGGAAGAAUGAUGCAGCCCCAGUUAACGCAGAUGGUCCAAGCCAAGAAGGCUCAGCAGGGCGGUCUUCUCGGCAUCCAGAGUGAUCUACGCAGCAACCCCAAUGCAGCAGCAUCUGGAAACCAUUUGACGGUGCAGACGAAUGGACAUGUUGCACCUGGGACUGUGAAAGUUGCACAUAACCUUCAAGAACUAGACGCGCUACUUGAAGGUGCCAAAAAGUCUUGCGCCAUCAUCUUCUUCACAAUGGCGUCUUGCGGGCCCUGCAAAAUGCUAUACCCAUCAUACGAUCAAUUGGCUGCGGAACCUGACGGAAAGGCCACGCUGAUCAAAGUCGACAUAUCCGAGGCUUUCGACGUGGGCCAGCGUUAUGGCGUCCGAGCAACCCCAACUUUCGUGACUUUCUUGCAUGGUAAGGAGCAAGAACGCUGGACAGGAGCGGACGGAGCCCGUUUAAGGAGCACCGCGAAUAUGCUUGUCCAGUUGGCUUUCCCAGUUCAUCUACAUCAAUCCCUAAACCUGCCACACUUUGCGAGCCCGGAGGUCAAACCGGUACUUUAUGCCAAGGUUCCUCCGCUUGAUAAGUUGAUUUCCAAAAUGGGUGGUACGGCGGCUGGCGAUCCCGCGGUACAAGAAAUCAAACACUUUAUUGAGAUCAGGGCGAAGGCGGGUCCAGCACAAGCGACGCUUCCAGACUUGGAACGCUUCUCUGAAUUCCUACGAAGUGCUGUGAAAGACUUACCUGUGGAGGUCAUGUUCACAGUCGUUGAUCUCUUCCGGUGCGCCCUUGUGGACGCAAGAUUCAGCGGAUAUUUCGCGGAAGAAGCUGGUCAUAAAACAGUCGUUACUGUGCUUGAUUACGUCAAUGGUCAGGCACAAUGUCCAUAUGCGCUGCGUCUGGUCACACUGCAGAUGACUUGCAACCUGUUCUCUAGUCCACUUUAUCCGCAUCAGGUUUUGGCACAACCUCAACUGAGAAACCCGAUUACGCAGUUCUUGUCCACGAGUUUCUUAGAUUAUUGUCACCACAAUGUCCGGGUUGCUGCUUCAUCCUUGUUAUACAACAUCGCAUCCUCAAAUAGCAGUAAGAGGAGGGAGGCAUCUGGAGAGAUUCUCCCUGAAGCCGACCAGGUUGAGCUUGCGGCAUCGGUUCUAGAAGCGAUAUCGCAGGAAGAAUCAUCAAAAGAGGCGCUACAUGGCAUGCUGUUGGCAUUGGGUUACCUGGCUUACAGCGUGCCAUUGGAGAGUGAAUUGGUCGAUCUGCUGAAAACCAUGGAUGCGCAGGGCACCAUUCUGGCGAAGAAGAAACAGUUUCCAGAGGAAGAGCUGGUUGACGAGAUUGUCGCCUCCAGCCGCCGAAAGAAGCCGAUGUAUGGCCCAUACGGCACACUCCACACCCCACGCUUUCGAGACAUCAUCGACGCCAUCUGUGAAACACUGACUGCGAUCAACGAGCUGCCGAUGGAGACGCUACAUUCAGACACGAUGAGGACGGUGCGUUCGUCUGCGUCGACGCCAUCGCUGCGUUCGCGUGAUGGCACUGUACCGUCGCACAUGACGAAGAUGGACGGAGGCAAUGUGAGGGUCGUGGUGCGUGUGCGAGCUUUCUUGCCUAGAGAGAUCCAGCGCGGCGCAGAGUGCCUCAUCAGCAUGGACCCCGUAACGCAGUUGACAACGCUACAUGUCCCCAACGACUCGGACCCCGCGAAUUCGCGGGCAACGACGCGCAAGGUUCUUGACGAGAAGUCGUUCACGUUUGACAACUCGUUCUGGAGUCACGACAUCGAGGAUAAGCACUAUGCGCAUCAGGAAGACGUGUACAACAGCCUGGGCGAGGAGUUUUUGGACCACAACUUCGAGGGCUACCACACUUGCAUAUUUGCCUACGGCCAGACUGGUUCUGGAAAGUCUUACACAAUGAUGGGGACGCCCGAUAAGCCGGGCCUCAUCCCCCGAACAUGCGAGGACCUCUUUGAGCGUAUCGAAGCAGCGCAGAACGAAACGCCCAACAUAUCUUACCACGUGCGCGCGUCUUACUUUGAGGUCUACAACGAGCAUGUGCGCGAUCUGUUGGUCCCAGUGGUUCCGAACCAAGCGCCAUACUACCUGAAAAUCCGCGAGUCUCCAACAGAAGGCCCCUACGUCAAAGACCUGACUGAGGUGCCGGUUAGGAACAUCAACGAGAUCCUGCGAUACAUGAUGAAGGGAGAUGCGUCGCGGACGACGGCCAGCACCAAGAUGAACGACACGAGUAGCCGAAGCCAUGCCGUAUUCACCAUCAUGUUGAAGCAGAUUCAUCAUGACAUGGAGACGGACGAGACAACAGAACGCAGUUCAAGAAUUCGGCUUGUGGACUUGGCCGGAAGCGAGAGGGCAAAAUCGACUGAAGCUACAGGACAGAGACUCAGGGAGGGAAGCAACAUCAACAAGUCGCUUACAACAUUGGGGAGAGUCAUUGCCGCCUUGGCGGAUCCCAAGCCACGUCGAGCAAGCGGCAAACGUAGCAAAGACGUCGUUCCAUACCGAGACUCUAUCUUAACCUGGCUUCUCAAAGACUCACUGGGUGGCAACAGCAAAACCGCCAUGAUUGCAUGUAUAGCGCCAUCCGACUACGAGGAGACCCUUUCGACCCUUCGAUACGCGGACCAGGCCAAGCGGAUUCGCACACGCGCCGUGGUCAACCAGGACCAGAUCUCGACAGCAGAGCGAGAUGCGCAGAUCGCCGCCAUGGCCGAGGAAAUCCGCGUGCUUCAACUGUCGGUUGCCGACACGCGGCGACGGGAAAGAGACCAGAAAGAAAGCGAGGAGCGGCUCGAGGAGUACCAGAACAGCGUUGUGGCCAUGCAGCGGCUGAUGGAGGAGCGCAGUAUGGUGUCCGAAGGCAAGAUUCGUAGCUUGCAGACUGAGAAUGAAGCGCUGCGGCUACAUCUGAAGCUCGCGCUUGAGAGCCUCAAGAAUCCGAUUCCCGAGGUGGUUGUUAACACUAAGCCGGCAAGAGAAGGGGACGAGACGGAUAAGGAGAAUAUGAACCCUGACGGAGGGAAGGAUGGGGAGUUGGUCGACGAGGCCUACUUUGAUGAGGAUGGCGAAUAUUCGUCUGAGGUGUAUGAGGAGAAGGCGAAUGAUAUGCAGGACUACAUGUAUGAUUUGCUGAAGGACCUGUCAUUGUUUAGACGGAAGAUUAGUGAUGACAAGGACCGGUUUCUGGAAGAGAACUCGAGGAACCCGCUGGGUGUUCGAGUCAACGUCUAA